AUGUCUUCCAAGCGCAAGUGGGAUGAUGCCGGAGCAACCGAAGACGCAGCUCUCAAGCAGCCUAAGACCGAGCCCGAGAACGACGUCGAGCGUUCGACAUCGUCAGCGAGCGCUGCACCCGAGCCAGCCGUCAACGCGGUCGAGGAUCCCAAGGCUGCGAUCGAUGCCGCAGGUACGUCGAUAUUUCUUUGUUUUGUGCUGCUAGAGGAUGAACCUUCUCAUCGUCCCGUCCCUCUUCUUCCACAGCCGAGGUCGCUGCUCGACUGGCGGCACAGUAUGGAGGCAAGCCCGCUCCUGCACCGGCUCAACCCGAUCCAGAGUGAGUGGCGUACCAUUCUUUACAUUCCGGUCGCACUGGUUCCUUUCAAGGCUCGCAUGUUGAUGAUGCUGAUCUCAUGAUGCUGAUUGGCACAUGUCUCCGUAUCGCGCUGCUUCGACAUCACACCCCAGAUUUGUGAAGGACAUUGAGAUCAACGACUUGCGGAAUCGGUAUCUACUCACAAAGGAGCCAACGCAACAACAGGUAUGGAGCCUCUCAAACGCUUACAGACGCUGGUACGGUGCGAGUCGUUGGUCCUCCUUGAUCAUCACUGACCCGCUGUCGCCGCGAUCCUGGGCACGUGUAGAUCCUCGAGGAAACUGGAGCCAGCGUCGUCACAAGAGGCAGUUGGUUCCCCGACAAGUCGAUGGCUACCGACAAAGACCCCGCUUUGUAUCUCCAUAUCACUGCUGUGCGUUCUGCCCCCCCCCUGCCGCCCUCUCACAGGUCGUCUUUCGGCCCAGACUGACGCUCCCAUUUUCGGUCCACGACUUUCCCAGGACACGGCCGAGAAGCUUGAGAGGGGGAUUGCCGCCGUUCAAGCACUCAUGGACACCGAGUUGGGACCGCUGAUUGAUACGCGACGAUUCGAGCGCGCCGCCGAGAGGGACCAGCCGCGAGAGAGGGUCAGUAUGCCGCCUGCGAAAGGCCUUUGAUCAGAGCGCGAAACAGACGAACUGAUGUUAUUCAUCCCAUCUUCUGCAGAGAAAAUGGCCGGAGGAAAAAAUCCCUAUCGAACUCGAGCCGAUGCGCAACUUCAACGUCCGCGCCAAAGUUGUCGGACCAGGUGUGAGUCGCGCUGCAGCGUCCAGGUCGUAACAGUCGCUGAUGCUUAUGACCUUGUACCUUCCUAUCCGCGUGCGCUCUCUCAGGGACUAUUCGUCAAGUACAUCCAGCACGAGACUCAGACGCGUGUGCAGAUCAAAGGCAUGGGGUCAGGUUUCGUCGAGACCGAUACCGGGCGCGAGGCGGAGGAGACGAUGCAUGUCCACGUAACGUAAGCUACCCCACCACUUGUCCCAAGGAAGAGGCCCCGGCUGACGAGCUCUUGCACCCUUAAAUCAAACAGAGGCCCCGACCAACCGAUGGUCGAUGAAGCUGCCGAAAUGGCGCGAGAUCUACUCAUCGUCGUGAAAGAGGAGCACGCCAAAGCACGAGCAGCACUGGAACAACAAUUUCAGCAGCAGCAGCAGUAUCAACUGCAACAACAGCAAAUGUACGCGCAGCAGCAGAGCUACGGAGGAGGUUACCAGCAGCAAGGGCCUGGGCAAGGCAGUUAUCCUCAGCAAGGGUAUCAGGUGAGCCCCCAGUCCGACCUGUGCAUCCUAGGAGACGCCUCAAACUCACCUGAAUUCGCAUGCGAUCUCAACGUGUCAUUAGCAAUCAUACGCCCCAGGUGUCACUGCCCCAUUACCGCCAGGUGAAGCACCUCCACCACCGCCGGGAGAAGCCCCUCCCUUGCCGACGAGCGAGCCACCCCCUCAACCCGCUGGCGGCACCGCGACGGACGAGCAAUGGCGUGCUUACUGGAACUCGCUGGAUGGGCCGAGUCAGGCAUACUUCAUGCAGUACUAUGUGGGUAUACCGGGCUCUGACCCACCCAUCACUCGUCCAGAACAUGACGCUGACUUCGGCUUUGUUUCGCAGGCAUCGGCCUACACCCAACCCAUCGCUGCUCCGGCCCCACCCUCCGCCCCUCCUCCACCUCCACCUCCGCCAGCAGAGCCGCCGAGGGGCGGCUCGGGCAUGUACGGUGCUGUACCUCCUCCUCCUGGGCUGUAA